UGUCAAACGAAAUGGUAAAUAACAAAAAAGCAGAGUGCAAAAAUUUUUAGGCCCACUGUCAUUCACUUUUCUCACAUACAAACAAACCAGUCAACAAUUUUAUACAAAAAAAUAUGUAAAUUUGGUCCAAUUUGGUCACUUCAGAAGAGUUCAUUGUUUUUAGAAAGAGGAAUUGCAUUCGUCGGUACUUUUCAUGUUCGAGCAACCCGUAUUUGGUACUGGCUAGUAAAUAAAUUUAACCGAUGUCUGGGCUGAAUUCGGUGACGAAACGAGUUACCCUCAAAUUUUUUUGAUAACAAUAUAGCCGGAACCGAUGAUUAUGUGAUCAACGAUUUCUACGGCAUUUUAUUUACAAAUUCAUCUAUCGCUUCCAUUAUGUCGAACUUCCGUCAAUCUCAACCCAAAUACAAAACGACUCGCGUAGAGAAUGGCAAUGGAUCGUCCAGGGUGGCACCGAUUACGAAUAACAUAAACUAUGCCACUGGAUUUGGUCAUUUAGCAUUGUGUGCUGUUUCUGGAUGGGCCAUCCAUCAAAUGCAUUUUGAUCAGUCACCGCUUUCCCUCUGUUGUUUCACAUUUUUGAUUGGACACAGUCUGCUUGGUGUAUUGAGAUUUACACAUCCCAGUGUGUCCGAAUGCAUAACGAAAGGCUAUCACAUAACAACGGUGCUAGCACAAACGUUGCCUUUGCUACUAGUUACCACCCAGCUAUGCAUUAACGCUCGCCUGUUCAUGUUCAUGGAGUACAUUUACGUUCAAAUACUUUUCGCACUGUUGCCGACCGUUUGUGAUUUAAGUAAUAAACAUCGGUACCGCGACUAUACUCUGAACACAAUUGUGAUGGUGAACGCUGCUCUGUUGGGCUAUACCGGUAUUUAUACAGAAAAAUUUUGGUCAACUGGAUUGGCCGUUCUAUCGGUUUUGAACCACUUCAGUAUGAAGCAUAUUUGUGGAUGGUAUAAUGUGCCACGAACCGAUUUAGUGGUCGUCGGACUGUCCUUUUUUACAGUAUUCGCUGUAAAUUGUUUAAACGAAUGAUAUAUCGAACUAUCGGCAGCUAAUUUAUGUAUGUGCUGAGCAGUACAGUCAGGCUUUAUUUUGAGGAAAGCGAAUCGAAUAUCCUGAAAUUCCUACUUUCGUAAAUCUUCCAAAAUUUUCUAUUUUUUGAUGAAAGAUUUGGUUGGGUCCGGCUGGGACCAUCCAAAAAUGGCACAACCCAAGCACCUAAUAUAGUUAACAAAAAAUCCUUAAAAUAGGUUUGGACAUAACAUAAUUUACGUAAAUUACAACGGACAAAUUUACCGUACGACGAACAAGAAAAAUCGAUUCAUAGGGUAGAUGUAAUAGUCUGAACCAUAGAAUUUAAGAUUGAAGUGAUGUUAUUAGCGAUACGAUGAAAAUGUUUCAUUUCGUAAGGAUCCAAACGAAAUACUGAA